AUCAUAUUAGCCAGGCAUUGGCCCCUCAUGCGGCAUCGUCUUCUACCCCACCUAGUAGUAGUACCGGCGUAACACGCACCCCGGUGCACGUUCGCCUUACCGCCGCACUCUGGUAAGAAAAACCUCUUGUUCUGUGGUUCCAACUCUGGAAUUUGAUGUUUUCGAGAUCAUCGUAGCUACGACGAAUUUGUUAUUCUCUUUCGGUGAUAAGAUGAUGGGUUCAGAUAAUAAUCAGGGUUUUGAGGAGGCCCACCUAUACGCGUCGCCGGAAGAAAUGGAGUCUCUCGUACUCGACGAGCCGUUGAACAACGGGACAAGCAACAAAGCGUACUCCAUUUAUCGGAGUGCGAUGUCCGCUACGGCCGACACACACCAUCCGCUGUCGCCGCCGACCGUCGCUGCUCCUGCGGACUCCGAUCCACUGCUGUCGCCUCCACCGUAUCGCGAUCUCCAGGACCCUAACGUUCCCGAGAACUCCUCGUACAUCGAGCCUCCUGCUUAUGCCGACGUCAUUUUCAGUUCCUUUGAUGAGAACUCCGUCAAUGAAAUCAAUGGAGUCGAUAGUCCCUCCUGGAGUUCUGAUAGUGCCCUUUCCUUCUCAGGAUCCCCGUCCUCCAGUUCCGACUACAUCAAAAUCACAGUAUCAAAUCCGCAGAAAGAGCAAGAGACCACGAAUUCGCUUGUGCCCGGAGGAAAUACGUAUGUGACCUAUCUGAUUACUACCAGGACGAACAUUCCAGAGUUUGGCCGAUCUGAAUUUAGCGUGAGGAGGAGGUUCAGAGACGUGGUGACCUUAUCUGAUCGGCUAGCGGAGGCAUAUCGCGGUUUUUUCAUCCCUCCUAGACCGGACAAGAGUGUGGUGGAGAGCCAAGUUAUGCAGAAGCAGGAGUUCGUGGAGCAGAGGAGGGUGGCAUUGGAGAAGCACCUGAGGAGGCUGUCAGCUCAUCCAGUGAUAAGGAAGAGCGACGAGCUAAUGGUUUUUUUGCAGGUUCAAGGGAAGCUACCUUUGCCCACGACCACUGAUGUUGCUUCGAGAAUGCUCGAUGGUGCUGUAAAGCUGCCUAAGCAGUUGUUCGGGGAGAGUCCUGCAGUUGUAGCACCCCACGAGGUGGUACAGCCCGCGAAAGGAGGGAGGGACCUGUUGAGGCUUUUUAAGGAGUUGAAGCAAUCAGUUUCCAACGAGUGGGGUGGUUCGAGGCCAUCUGUUGUGGAGGAAGAUAAGGAGUUUAUGGAGAAGAAAGAGAGAAUGCAAUAUCUGGAGCAGCAGCUCGGCUAUGCUUCGCAACAGGCUGAAUCGCUAGUGAAAGCGCAACAAGAUAUGGGGGAAACAAUGGGAGAAUUAGGGCUAGCUUUUAUUAAACUUACUAAAUUUGAGAAUGAAGAAGCGGUGUUCAACUCUCAAAGAGUACGUGCUGCGGAUAUGAAGAAUUUUGCAACUGCUGCAGUCAAAGCCAGCAGAUUCUACCGGGAACUAAAUUCACAAACUGUCAAGCAUUUGGAUACACUUCACGAACAUCUUGGACUGAUGUUAUCUGUCCAUGGUGCUUUCUCAGAGCGCUCGAGUGCCUUAUUGACAGUGCAGACUCUUCUCUCAGAAUUAUCUUCAUUGCAGUCGAGGGCUGAGAAACUUGAAGUUGCAUCAUCAAAAAUAUUUGGUGGUGACAAGUCAAGGAUUCGAAAGUUGGAGGAGUUGAAAGAAACUUUAAGAGCCACCGAGGAUGCUAAAAAUGUGGCUAUCAGAGAAUAUGAGCGGAUCAAGGUGGUGGAGUUUAAGAGGGCUCCUCUCAGUUGCUGGAGAUCCUGUGGAAUAGGGAUUGUCAUACUGCAGGAAAAAUGCCUGGACAAUGAUGCAGCCUCCAUGUUGGCUUUUUUGCUCAAUUUGGAAUUAUGCAAGAAAAUAAUAGGAGUGAACUGGAAAGGCUCAACUCAGAGAGGCGCAAGGACUUCUCAAACAUGUUGAGAGGCUUUGUGCUUAAUCAGGUGGGAUAUGCGGAGAAAAUUGCAAAUGUGUGGGCAAAAGUUGCAGAGGAGACUAGUGAAUACUCUAAAGAGUUCAUUUGAUCGUACGGCUGUAAAUUUAAAUUAUCUGUCUCUUUAACUUUUCUCGUGUCCUUUAUAGUUUGUCAUUGCCCUAGGGAAUUGUAUUAAAUUGAUAGCAAAUAAAAAAGAAAAGGUGUACCUGUUAGAAUUUGUUGUACAUUGACCUUUUUUUCUCGUGUUUUAACAUCUAGAUGUAUCACUGGUCUUGAGGUUAGCUCUCGUUUUUUUGACUAUUUAUCACAUGAGAUGAGAUCAUUUUCAG